UCGGCUCAAAAGGCAUGUGCGGCCUUAGGGGGUGAGUGCGAGGGUGUGAACAAAACGCCGUGUUGUGCGACGGGUGGCCACGGAUUGAUGUGUAGGGCAACUAAAGAGAUACGCGACCGUAGCGGCCAUUUCCUGGCCUACGGGGGUGUCUGCGAGAGAGCGUGUCAGGGACUCUGGCAAACGUGCUUUUCUACCGAUGCCUGUUGUACUGAAUUGGGUCUCAAGUGUCAAAUCGGUAGUAACGGCGGCACUAAUUGGGGACAAUCGUCGGGUCAAAACACGUGCGCGGCCUUAGGGGCCACGUGUGGCGGUGUGGCCAAAAAGCCGUGUUGUGUGACCGGUGGUCACGGACUGGUCUGUAAUGCUAACAAUAUUAUAUACAACAGUAGCGGACAAUUUGUGGCGUAUAGUGGUGUGUGUCAACGGGCGUGUCAGCCCCUGUGGGGCACUUGUUUCCCGUCCGGAGCCGGUUAUCCGAGCGCUAGCGAGUGUUGCACUGAAUUGGGUCUUAAAUGUCAGCUCAAUAGUAACGCCGGCACUAACUUUGGACAGUGUGUGCCCUCUAAUUAA